AUGGCGAUGUUGGUUGAGAAAGCGGAGGCUUGCGCUGUGCUAUGGUUCCUGCAUUUGCAAGGGAAGUCUACCACGGAGGUCUACGACCAGAUGACCGCUGUGUAUCAAGAAGGUGUACCAUCAUAUGACACAGUGGUGGAAGCUUUGAUCCUAUCCAGUGGGCGCAUAACUAUCGAAGCUAUUGUUCAUGAGGUCCGCAUUAGCCAUGGGUCGGCGUUCAACACCAUCUAUGAGGAGUUACACAUGACAAACGUUGCUGUGCAUUGGGUGCCACAAUUGUUGACACCAGUUCAAAAACAGCAAUGGAUUGAUGUGGCAAAGAAACUUUUGUAG